CCUGUGAUCCACAAUUUUAAAAAUAUUGUCCUUCUCAGUAAUGGCGGCUUCCUUCCCUUCUCCUUCUGCUAUAAACAACAACAAAUGGUACUUCACCCGAGAACAGAUCGAGAAUAGCCCGUCUCGCCGUGCGGGGCUUGAUCCAGACAAAGAAUUGUCCUACAGACAACAAGCUGCGAACCUUCUACAGGACAUGGGACAACGACUCAAUGUGUCCCAGCUAACAAUUAAUACUGCCAUUGUGUAUAUGCACCGAUUCUACAUGAUCCAGUCGUUCACCAGGUUCCACAGAAAUGUCAUAGCUCCAGCAACACUAUUCCUGGCUGCAAAGGUUGAGGAGCAGCCCCGCAAGUUGGAGCAUGUUAUCAAGGUGACCCAUGCAUGCCUCAAUCCUCAGGACCCUUCACCAGAUGUCCGCAGUGAUGCUUACCUGCAACAAGCCCAAGACCUGGUCAUUCUUGAGAGCAUUAUACUCCAGACCCUGGCCUUUGAAAUCACCAUUGACCACCCACAUACUCAUGUUGUCAAGUGCACCCAGCUAGUCAGAGUUGUUCCAGCGAGUAAGGAUUUGGCCCAGACGUCAUACUUCAUGGCUACCAACAGUCUACACCUGACCACAUUCUGCCUGCAACACAGCCCGCCCAUCGUGGCCUGCGUUUGCAUCCACCUGGCCUGCAAGUGGUCCAACUGGGAGAUCCCAGUCUCUACAGACAGCAAGCACUGGUGGGAGUAUGUGGACAAUACUGUCACCCUCGAGCUGCUGGAUGAGCUCACCCACGAGUUCCUGCAGAUCUUGGAGAAGACACCAAGCCGAUUAAAACGCAUUCGCAACUGGAAAGCGGCAGGUCAGACAGUGAAGGGAGGGAAGUCCAAGGUGCCAGAAGACGGCGAUCAGACAGAUGGCAUGAUGAGCAUGAUCUCCAUGUCGUCAUCUGAGACCACGCUGGGUGGCCUGAUGAGCCUCUCCAACCCUCUCUCUUCAUCUUCCUCCUCCAUGGCUCCCAUACUACUGGAGCUCAAGUCGACACUUGGCAGUGGUUCCGACCAGCCCAGCCACGCCGAGCUGCACGCCCCGGCCAAGGUGUCACUGAGCGAGUACCGGGCCAAGCACGCUGAUGUCCUGGCUGCUCAGAAGAGGAAGCUGGAGAACAUGGAGGCCAGCGUGAAGAGGGAGUAUGCCACGGCAGCCCAGGCUCUGAUAGGCCAGCAGCAGAGGAAGGAGAAGCACCAUCGUGACCAGCAGCAAUCCAGCUCCCACCAUUCCAGCUCUGCCUCCUCUGACCUCAGCAGCCCCUCGCCCAUCAUCCUCAAGAUCCCCCUGGAAAAGGAGAGGGGUGAGCGCAGCUCCCUGAAGAUGCGCCUCCCUCUGGGGUCUGGGGGAGGCGGGGGGCAUAGUGGAGGAGGGAACAGAGGAGCAGGAGGAGAAAAGGACAUCAAAGUGAGAAUUCGGGUGCCUGAGAAAGUACGCAGUGGAGGCUCGGGAGAGGAGGGGGGCAAGACUAGGGAGGGAAAGCACCGAGAACGUUCCAACCACCAUCAUCAUCACCACCACCACCAUCAUUCAUCGUCAUCUUUUAGCGGUGCUUCUGUCUCUUCGUCCUCGUCACAUAAACACUCAGCCAGUGCUGCUGGAGCUGUAGGAGGAAGCAGCAGCAAAAAAGCCCCCAGUGACUCGUCUAGAAUGAGCUCCUCUUCCUCUGUGUCUCGAAAGAGGACACAUUCCACAGAGUCCCAGGGCUCCCACUCGUCCAAAGUCUCUAAGUCCUCCAGGAACUCAGCUCACCAGCUGCCUGCUCUUUUAGCUGCCUCUGGAGCACACUCCCUGGGGGCACACCCCACUGAUAUCCUCCCCUCCCUGGGUCUCCCCUCCCUCCACCAGGGCAACUACUCUCACUCCAAGGGGGACAAGCCGGACACUAACGGACACAAUGCAGGUGUUGGCAGCCAGUCGAAUGAGUAUCAGGACACGUUUGAAAUGCUGAACUCUUUACUGAGUGCUCAGGGGGUGCAGCCUGUCCAGCCUCCCAUGUUUGAUUGCCGGUCUCAGUACGUGGAGUACAGAUACAGCGGCGGGUCUAGGGGGGGAUCUCGACCACCACCGCUGCCUGCUGAACCUCCACCUCCGCUACCCCCUCUACCCAAGUGAUCCCUGAUGAAGGGGUGAAUUACUGACAGUGUACCUGUAGACGCAUUCAACCAUGUUACAUAAGAUAUUUGCUCUGUGAAUUUUGUCCCUUUUAUGUGUUUGUAUGGAUCAUGUUGUGGUUUUCAACUUGACAGCAAAGAAAUGUACCAAUACAUACUUUUCAGUGAUGUAGGUGCUGAAGUGUGUCCCUCGUCACAUCAUAUUCAAUACAUCUGUGGGGCAAUAACAGGAGGUGUGAAAGAAAAGCUUGCAAAAAAAUUGAAACGAACAAAAUUAAUUUAUUCACAAUGUAAAUACUUUAUCAUGAUAUGAACUCAAAUCAAAUUUUAUGGAAUGGCGGGCAUAAUAUUUGAGCCAUAGCUCUUUUUAAAAGAAAGUCAAACAUUACAUGUUUGAAUGCCUAUUAGAGGAAACAAACUUGUUUGCUUCACUUACUACAUUUUAAAGUCUUGUUAACAAUGAGUCUUUUCCAGAAUGUUUUUGAAAUAUACUAUUUAUUAUUAGUUUUGAAUGCUUUUGAGGAAGUUUUAAAAACAA